UCGCUGUUUCACUCCCUUGUGUGGGAACUCUGAACAUCUCAGACAUCCGCUCCAUUUUCUGAGAUUUCCCUUGUUUUAAUCGCUGUUGUUGUUGUUCAUAGUGUCGUUUCGCAAAGGGAGGACUGAGAUGCGGUUGACUGAGCAGCGCACCUUCGCUGGCUGGCCGAGACUGACAAUUGCUGGAUUCGCAUUGGCGUCAAUGCUGCUGGUGCUGCUGUCGUUGUCGAUUGCCGUGGCGCGUGCAGCACCCCGCGGAGGGCGACUGGCUGCCGACACGUUUGACGAAGAGCUUGUGCUGCAUGACUUGACCGCGCAAGAGUCGUCUGGUCAGCGCGCUGUCGCAGCCAAAUUUCACUUCACUCUGACGCACAACCACUUUGCAAACGAGGACGAUGAUGCCAGCCAAGCAGGAGCCAAACUCAACCAAAUGCGCUACGAGAGUGAUACUGCGACGAGUACAUCUACCCAGCGGUCGAGCCAAGGAGAAGCCGCCUCGAGCGAUGCAUUGCUGCCAAGCCGCUCCUCAGAUUCAGAGGCAGAGAGCGCCGAGCUGGUCGAUGAUUACUCUGCGUUUCCGCGUGUCGUUGGGCAGAUUGCUCAUACGCUGGGAGUCCAAUCCCUGAGACUUGGAUUUACCCAGGGGCGCUGGCAGUUUGACAACUGGGGACUGGAGGCCAAUCACUCGCCACUGUUUGCUCCCAGCGCAGAGCUCCAAGCCAGCUUUUAUGUCUCAGCCAACCUUUCUACCCCUCAGCAGGACAGCAUCGUCAACCAGCGAUGGGCCUACCUCAGAAACGCACUUGCAGGACUGCUUUGUGCAUCGCUCAACUCUAUCGAUGAGUCAAUCACACACACACCCGCUGUCCUCUCGCACGCGUCAACAAAGUUCGGUCAAGACAUUCGGACGCUGCGUGGUGUGUUGUCGCAUGAGACAGUGUGCACGGAGAAUUUGACACCAUGGCGAAAACUGCUUCCCUGUCGCUCACAGGCUAGUCUCGCAUCCUUGAUUAGCGGUAUUCCGGUUGUCGACACGCUAUACACUUCCAUAAGCGUUGAACUGUCCACGGCUUGCUUGAAUACUGCGUGCACUCAGCGUCGACUCACGCUCGAGCAAACGCUUCUAGCUGUCAUUGAUCCAAGCCGGUCCAAAUUGUUUGCUCUGUCCAACGCGAGUAACAUUCGCGCUUGUCCUGCUGCCAGAUCUUCGAUUGUGUCCUCUACUUUCAACGUGUCUGGAGCGAGUUUCCUUGCCAAAGCCUUCCAAGAACGCAUCGUGGUCAAUGCGAACGCAUGGGUCUCGCUUCCCGUCCCCAUCCGCACUCAGCGCUUUCUCCGUGGGUCGGUGAACAGCCCGGGUCACUUGGUCACGCAGCUGAGCAAUCUCGAUUCUGCACCACUUUCAGUCUUGUACCAAGACGUUGUGCCCUGGUUUUUGCCGCUGUACUCGUAUGGCUUGGAGGUAACGACCUACAGUGUCAACGGGAUGGCAAAUUUGACAGCUCUGGUUCAAAAGUCAAUUCGCCCAAGCAAACUACGCGGCCGACCCACGGUGAUUGAGCUGAGCUUGGUGUUGCCCGCCAACUCGACUACCAUCAUUUCCGUUCCGUGCGACCGCGCAUUUUUGCACUUUACCGAGUACCCAGCCGAUGCCAGUCGUGGGUUUGAUAUUGGACCGGCGACCAUCUUCUUCCGAGCGGCAUCCAGCUCUGCGCCCAUUCGACAAAUGCACACAAAUGCGCUGCUGGUGAGCCUACCCAUCCCAGACUUUAGCAUGCCGUACAAUGUGGUGUGCAUGACGAGCACGGUGAUUGCGCUGGCGUUCAGCUCCAUCUUCAAUGCAACCACCCGCCAAAUGGGGCUCAAGUCUCCAAAAGUCAAAAAGGGUGCUGCAGCCACGCCCAGCCUUGGCAAGGCGGCUCCCGAACCUCCAGAAGCCUCUCAAACUGGAUGAAUACAGGAACAGUCAGACCAACGAUGACCUUAAAGACCGAAAAUAAAAAAUACAAAAAAAAAAAACCC